GAUGGGAAGAAGCUUGUAGUGUCCACCAGUUCUCCUCACAUCCGGGCUAUUCACUGACUAGCAAUCUUUGGCCCGUACAUAUCUAGGUAGUGCAUGCGCUCGCGGAUGUUGUGCGAUUCCAGUUGUACAGGCUUCCAGUGAAAACAGCGUUCGUAAAACUCGAAUUCCUGGGGUGUGUACACUGUACAUGUUCAAUUGCAACAAUGGAGAAAGUUCCGCCUUUUGAAUUGGGGAAAUCGCGAUAUGAUCAAACAACAUUCUGGGGACGGUUUAAACAUUUUCUUGAUGUCGUGGAUCCAAGGACACUCUUCACAUCAGAUAAAAGACUGCAUGAAUGCAAACAAUUGUUGGAUGACUUCAGAACUGGUACAGUGUCACCAGAGGUAUCAGACCAACAGCUGUGGGGAGCUCAGAAAAUUGUGCAGGCAAUUCUGCACCCUGACACAGGAGAGAAGAUCUUCAUGCCACUGAGAAUGUCAGGAUUUGUUCCCUUUGGAACCCCAAUUGUUGUAGGGCUACUUAUACCUCAGAGCCUGGCGGGUGUCAUAUUCUGGCAGUGGAUUAAUCAAAGUCAUAAUGCUGGUGUCAACUAUGCUAAUCGAAAUGCCAGCCGGCCAACACCAACCAUAAAAUUUGUCCAAGGAUAUGCUGGUGCCGUGACGAGUGCAGUUGGAAUAGCAGUGAUGCUAAACAUGUUAGUGAAUCGUGCUCAAAGUAUGUCCCCAGCUCGACGUCUGCUUAUUCAACGCUUCAUUCCAUUUCCUGCUGUUGCUGCUGCUAGCACUACCAAUCUGUUGCUCAUGCGAAUGCAUGAGAUAUCUGAAGGUAUCGAGGUCGUCGACAGUCACAGCAAUGUCGUCGGCAUUUCAAAUGUGGCCGCCAAGAAGGCAAUAUUUCAGACUGCUUUGACACGAGCGGUCCUUCCAGCACCAGUAUUACUGAUACCUCCAAUCAUCAUGUCUUUACUAGACAGGACACAAUUGUUUCGACGAUACCCUCGGCUCAACUUACCCGUUCAUAGCAUCGUCGUCCUUGCUUCAUUUGGAUUGGCUCUACCGCUUGCGAUUAGCCUUUUCCCUCAAACAGGAGAGAUCAGACGGUCAGAACUGGAGCCAGACAUAAGGGACAACUGCUCAGAGGAGUUGCUGUUUUACAACAAGGGACUUUGAUUGUGACAUUUUCAAAUGAUUCAGAUUGUGACAUUUUCAAAUGAUUCGGAGUGUCUUUGUAACUCUUCA